CAGCUCAAUUCGCGGCAGGUUGAACAUCUACUCAUUCAAGUGGGCGGGGGUAAUACUGCUAAAAAUAUGAAAAUAGUCUUUAUUACCAUCAGAUAAUCUAUUUAAAAUACUUCCAAAAUGCUGUACAAGUCUGAGAUGAGAAAGAGAAUGUCUGCUCUCGGCGUAGCUUCCAUGGCCACCUCAUUGACAAUUGACUCGGAUGUGUCGCCGAUAAGUGCAGCUGAUUUGGAACGGAGGUCUCUGGUUAUUUGGCGUCGUCCCUGGACGACCUUAAAGUAUAGCUCAUUGGAAGCAUGUCUGCUGUUACUUAAGCUGCUCGUUCGACUACUAGAUCGACGUCUUUUGUUGGGAGUUGUGAUCUUGAUUGUUUUCUGCUGCUUGCCGGGUCCUCAGGAGAAAUACGUGCGAAUCUGCCGGCAUAAUCUGGGUUUUGCUCUUUACUGGUUGGGCUUGGGAGUUCUGUCAUCGGUAGGAUUCGGGUCGGGAUUGCACACAUUUCUGUUGUAUCUUGGACCACAUGUUGCGGCUGUUACAUUGGCUGCAUACGAGUGUCAGACUCUGAACUUUCCAAUGCCGCCCUAUCCUGAUCAGAAGAUUUGCCCAAAGGAAGGAGUCUAUGAGCGACAUGUACCGAAUGUGUGGCAGAUAUUGACUAAGGUGCGCACAGAAUCCCUAUUGUGGGGAGUAGGUACAGCUCUGGGAGAGUUGCCACCUUAUUUCAUGGCCAGGGCUGCGAGGCUAUCAGGGAAAUGCAUGGAGGAUCGUCAGGAAAUAGCAGAGCAUCAACGACGUAGCUGGAAACUUGGUCUAUUCGAUAGAUGCAAGCUGUUUGUGGAGCGCGUUGUGUUGCGCAUCGGUUUUUUCGGCAUUCUACUUUGCGCCAGUGUGCCAAAUCCUUUGUUUGAUCUUGCUGGUGUUGCGUGCGGUCAUUUUCUAGUCCCAUUCUGGAAGUUCUUUCUAGCCACGUUGAUUGGCAAAGCGAUCUUCAAGGCCAACAUACAGCUGCUGAUCGUUGUUAUUGCCUUUAACGAGGAUCUGGUGACCAGGCUCAUCAAUUCAUUGGGCCGCUUACCUUGGUUCGGGCACAAACUACAGGCGCCCAUUCAAAAAGUUUUGACCAGUACCAAAUUGCGUAUGCACCGUAAAAUCAAGGACGACUCCAGUAGCGGUCUUGGAAUUGUGGCACAUGGCUUCCAGAUACUCGCUUUGCUUAUUGUAACUUACUUUAUAGUGUCCUUAUUAAAUGCGCUGGCCCAGAAGCAUUGUCAACGUAUGCAGGAUAAGGAAAGAGAGGAACGUACUCAGGAAAUCGAACUGAUGGAGCAUCGAUCAAAUGACAGCGACACUCAACAAGUAAUGGAAAUCAGCGACUUACUCUGAUCUCCAAUACCACAAAAAAGGACUACAGUGAUGUCUUUUUAGGGUGCUGCCAAGUUACUGUAAUGUUAACAGUGGGGCAACAGUGACGACGAGUGACGAUGAGUUGUGAUACUUGUUACUUGUGGUACAAAAUGAAACAUUACAUUGAAAUUUGUUGUAUUCUUUAUUUCAUUAUCAUUAGUUUUGUUUUGUUUUGUAUUUGGGUUUCUGUUCUUGUUGAUCUUGAUCUUUAUCGUAUUGUUGUGGUUGUUGUUGUGUUUAGUAUCCAUUGUACAUUUACAUUCAACAGCAAUUUAACACAAAGCUAAGCAUCGACUUAACGCAACGGUUUAAUUAAGACAUAAUUAAGUUUAUAUUAUUUGGGGAUCGAAAUUGAUUGAUUUGUUAUUAUGCCAUUUGAUUUGUUUCGUUUUUAAUAUGAUUCGUAUAAAAUGUUUUUUUUUUUUGUUUGUUUGGUUUUAAACUAAGCACACAGACAACACACACAUUCAAAUGAUGCAAGAGUUGAUGAUUGUUGAUGUCUAAGGAUAUCGAGCAAACACAACAUACAAACAUAUCUUCUCAUCUAAAAAAAUGCCGUUCUUACAUAAGUAAAUAUGUAUAUUCAAUGUAUUUACUGGGGGUUGGGGGAAUUACACCCUCUAUGCACACAUUCACACAUACUUCCUACGCCUACUUCUACAGCUAAAUUUCGUCUAACAUUUGCACUACGAUGAGUAUAUGGCCUGGCCUCCAUUUUGUAGUUGUAUUCCUACACCUACUCGGAUAUACUAUAUAGUAUAGUAUGUACUAUGUAUAUAUCUUUCUCUAUGCUUCGAAAGGGGUUUGUCCAGUACCUUGAUUUUAGUCGAGCUUUUAUCGCUUGGUUCGGCAUUUCCUUAACA